GUAUAAUUCCAAACGCUAAAAAGCAUUAUAAUUUGACAGUCUAUCAGAGCAGUAACAGUAUAUCUCUCGUUAGGUGGCUUUUUAUAUUAUUUGGUAAACUUUAAAUUCAUAUCAUGAUCUUAACACAGUUAAGAACUAUUUGCAUGUAGACAAUAUACUGCCCUGCCUGCAAUAGUAAGUCAUUCAAGUUAUAGGACAUGAACCAGAUUUUAUACAAGAUAUAACCAACAUGAUUUUUACGCCAUUUAUUGCAUUUCAAAGGUUACAUCAAAAGUCAUAAAUUAUGUUUGUCCAUAGAUUCCUCGUGCAGUUUAUAUACUACAUGUAUAAGAUUCACAUUGUUUUUGAUUCCAUAACUUUUGAUAAAUUAAUACGAAAUCAGAAGUUUAAUUAUUAGAAAACCGUAGUAAUACUGAAAUGCCCCUUGCUUAAAGAUGAAAUUAUUUUGUCUGAUUCCCCAAAUUUUGACACUACACAUUCGGACGUUUAUAAGGAAACCUCAAUGGAAUGCCUCUUGCUAAAAGUUAAAAUUAAUUGUCCUAUAUUUUCAUCGGAUGUCUAGACAAAUGAAUUGAGAAGGGGAAUGUUUCGUUGAAUGUCGCAAACUGAUUUUAUCAUCUUGUUAUUGGGCUAAUUAGUUUUGUGGAAAUUAUGCGCACAAUUGCACGUUUUGUCUGUGUUUUUUUCGCACAAAUGUUUAUGAUAAGAAACAUUGUGUACGUCAUUACCUAUUGUAAUGACGUAAUGUUGUUUAACAAAAUGUUAAACAAACAAAACUAGAAACAAUUUGAAGGCUGAGAAUAACGCUUUAUCAAAUUUUAUUUUCUAAAAUGUUCAAAUGCAAAUAACAGACAAAUUGAAUGUGGGCACUGACCUUUUGAAAUCAAAUAUGGAAUAAGAUAUAAUUUUUAACGAAACAUGCUGUUAUGAUUAAAUUUAUAUAUAUAAAAAAGUUACAUCAAGUACAUAGACAAGUGUGUCUGUUUUUUCUUUCUGAAUAACGGAAAUUCGUUACUCAUAUCAUUUUGUGGAAACUAUUUGCAGCCCUUUUCCUCAGUUGACAAAAUUUCAUGCGCUCAGUACCUCACUCUCAUGUAUCGGAUAGCACACUAUUUAAAUUACAAUUAUGAUAAUUCUAACUUAUCAAUGAUAUAGAGUUUGAAUAUAAAAUUAAGUUAAAGCAUUCAUUGAUCAGUUUCAUGCCGACGAGGAAAUCGAGACAAUUCUUUUUUAUUCUAAAUAAGAACUGCAGACGACGGUGCCAAAUCGACCUUUAAAGUUUAAAUUUACAAAAUUACGAUUCUACUAUCUAUAUCAUUUCUAAAACUUGUCUUGGACCAAAAACGGCAAAUAAGGGACUUCCCGGAAGAGCUUAAUUGAUUUUUCAAUCUUUAAAAGCUGUUGAUAUAAUCGUUUUCUUAUGCAAUAAAGGCUAGAAGGUGUUCGCAAGUAAUUUCUGAAUAUAUCUGUUGUGUAUUUGUUUUCUUUGCAACAGAUCGUUGAUGUUACAGACGAUGUGAUUGGACUGGAUUUUUCUUAUGGAGCUUUGAAUCGAUUGUGAUAUUACGUAUAGUAGAAUGACACAAAGAAAACGUUCUUACUACUGUGCGCAGAAAGUGAUAACUGCAAAUCUUUCUUGCUAAAUAUAAUGUAAAGCGAUGUGUGAAACUAUCAUGCUAGCGUUCUAUACAGGAUUGUUGUCCAUACAUGUAUCACAUAAAAUAUGGGAUCUAUUUGUGUUCAGAUGCAUGCAUAAGUUCAUAAUCAUUUAGAAAAUAAUGGGAUGUUCUGCUGGUAAAGUUGAAAGGGAUUUUGUAAAAGUUGGUAGAAGUGCGGACUACAACAAAAAUAUACCAAGCCUGACUGAUACACAGAAAGAUGCAAUACAGAAAAAUUGGCAGAAUUUAAAGUUGCACAUCGCUAACAUUGGAGUAAUGACAUACGUAAGCAUGUUUGAGAGUAGACCAGAAUUAAUAAAGGUGUUUGCAGCAUUUAAAGGGAAAGACGUAUCCAAAAUACAAGAUUCCGGUUUACUACAACAACAUGCACUCAGGGUGAUGGCAACUAUAGACAAAUGCAUCACACGCAUUAACCAACCUUCCGAUAUGAUAUCCAUGCUUCAUGAAGUCGGAUACAAUCACAGACAGUACAGUGUUCCAUCUGAUGACAUACAGAUUAUUUUGCCACAUUUCCUCAGUGCAAUGAAGCCGUACAUUCAGGACAAAUGGUGUGAGGAAUUAGAAGAAGCAUGGAAAACGUUUCUUUCACUUGUUGUCUAUCAUAUGAAAGAAGGCAUUGAACAAACGCAUGGUGACGUUGUACAUAUUCACAAAACAAACACUAUAAGUAUUUAAUGCAUAUGAUGUGAAGAGAGCAUGCGGCAUUAUAAUUGAUAGUUAAGUGUCUGAAGAAUGGUCUGGCAACGAAUCAAAAAUACAGUAUACACUUUACGAUAUUCCGGAUUCUGUUUUACUUACCAGAAGACAACAGAAAACGUAAUGUUUUACGCAGUUUGUCAUUUAGUACCUGUCUAUGUAUAUUAGCUAUUUAAUACGUUGCCAUCAUAUUACGCAAGGAAAAGUCAGCAACCAAUUCUGUCCAAGCUUGAUAGACCAAUUAAUUGUAUAUAAAACUUAAGUUACAGAUAUAUUUCUACAAAAUUAAGAAGAAAAAAAUAAGAAGAAAAAAUAAGAAGAAGAAACUCUGCCUACAUUUCGUAUAAUUUUGAGAAUUAAUUAAAUUGAAAUAAGAAAAGCCCUUAUCUCUACUCUGUAAUUAUAUUCUAAAAUUGACUUUCAACGAAAUAAAUGAAACAUAAUAAGAACCCAAGAAGAGAAAGAGACUGACUAUUUGUAUAAGUUUUUCUUUAAAUAUUGACACUUCAUAACUAAUUUGAAUUUCAUUUGGUUUGGCAUAACAAUUGACAAACUGUUGCUUUCUUAACGUCUUAUUUAACGAUUGUGAUCUGUGGGAUAUUCGAGUUAGUAUGUGGAUAUGUUACUCAUAUUCCUGUUCUACGUACAAGCAUUCUACGUCAAAAGAACAUCAAAUAACAGAUAUAAACAAAUGAAACGUCAAUUAGUGCAGCUUGUUCAAAGAAAUUUGUAUAUUUGUUUUUCUUUCUUGCUGCUACAAUUUUUCAUAUGGUGUUAGGUAUUAUGUCGAAAUAUCAUGCUAUA